AUGGCGAUCAAUUUGGUCCAAGGUUUCCGAACCCAAAUCCUCCCGACGCACAAAGCCAGCAUUGGAUUAAUAUACCCUGAUGCCGAGUACUUAGUUAUUAGGAUCCCUGACUCACGAGUCUUGUUGUUUCUUGCUCGAUCUGUCAUCUUGGCUUUGGUGAUCGUCUCCAUUCCAUGGUUGAACUCACUUGUUCCCAUGACAUCAACCGCUAAUGAAAUCAUCGGCUCCUCCGCGACUAAUCUCGAGCUCGUGCCACUCAUCUUCCACGACUUGGCCAAAGAAGGCCUCAUCAAAACCGGCCAUGGCGAGAAGGCAGUGUUUGUUAACAAUGGUGCCAUACAAAGCUCAGAGAUCCUCAAAGACAAUGGAGUGGAUCUCAUUCACGAAGACCAACAGAACUCGGUCAACGACCAAUCUGUUGACUUCGCCUUCGUCUCCGUCUUCCCUUCCGCCGUGAAGUUCAUCGAAAGAACUCUCAAGGUUGGCGGCAUUGUUGCGCUCCAGCUCAGCGAGGAAGCUUCCAUGAAGUUCCGCAUGCCUUCUAACUACAAGAUGGUCUACCUCCGAAAAUUCGACGCCACCGUCAUGGCCAUGAGGAAGAUGAGUAGUUCAUCGGUUUCAACUGCUACUAAUUCUCCUCCCACGCGCCGACGUCUUCUAUCCGAGGAUGCAAAGAAGGAGGCAUUGAAGAAUCUCGAAGAUGUGCUUCUCGAACCGCCACGUGCUAAAUCGGGCAAAUCGAGCCGAUACUUGAAGAAAACUCGCUACCUUCCCGACUUGAUGGGAGACUCGCUCGAGGGAUACUCUCGCAGGAUCUUCAUCGACGUUGGCGGUAGCGGCACCAACUGGUUUGCCAAGAAUUACCCGACUCGCAACAAGAAUUUCGAGAUGUACAAGAUCGAGACAACCCUAACGGAUGAGUCCGCCGGCAGCAAGGGGGUUCUUCAGACCAGUAUGUCGGGGUGGUUGGAGAAGAAUGUAAAGGAGGAAGAGUAUGUUGUGAUGAAGGCGGAGGCCGAAGUGGUGGAGGAAAUGAUGCAGGGAAAGGUGAUGAACUUGGUUGAUGAGCUUUUCUUGGAAUGCAAGCCACAAGGGCAUAAUGGGAAAGGUAAUGUGAGCACUCGUAGGGCUUACUGGCAGUGCUUGGCUUUGUACGGACAGCUGAGGGACGAAGGUGUUGCAGUGCACCAAUGGUGGGGUUAA